AUGACGGAUUUUGACGCCGCAAAUGCGCUCCUCCUGCUAAGCGCGGGUUCGCGUGCCUUCCAGCACAUUGAGCAGAUUGAAAAUAAUAAUAAUGGUAAACUACGAAAGAGGCCCGUUUCCGAUAAAGUACAAGCGGAUGGUGUACGGUCCACGGUAAAGCGCGCAAAGUUGGACUUGGGAAACGAGGUGUCCGUCCGAGCGAGUAAAGAUCAAAUCCUCGUUAGAGAUAGUACUGCUGGUGUUGCGCCGAAACCGGCAAAAAUGCCGUACAUCGAAGUAGCAACCAUUCCGAUACAACGCAUUCCAGCAGACAGGAUGAUCCAAAGACGGUUGGGCUCAUCGUCUCCGGAGCUAGCGCAGUGGGACAGCAGUCGAGCCUCGUCCCCGAUUAGUGGCCAGCAGAUUAGUUCCUCCGAUGACCGAGCGAACACGUCGGAGAAAUUAGCGCACUCUCCAGCAGAUUCCGGUGUAUCCUCCAUCCACGAUGACGUAUUGCAGCCUUUUCUGGCGCUACAGCUGUGGGAAAAAGGAUUGCAAAUUGCGGCCAUUUUACCUGACUGCGUGCGCGAUGAGCUGAACAAGAUCGCGAGCAUGUCGACACACAAUAAAAAACAAUUUACCGACGCCAAGAUGGAAAAGUUUCCAGUUGAAAUGAGCUUUAACCCCAGGAAAUCGCGCAUGCGGAAGGAGUUCGCGAACGAGAUCGACCAUAUGGAUCGGGUGAAGAGCAACGAUGCUUCGCGUCGAUCCCGACACAAAAAGAAACUGAUGAUACAUAUGAUGAAUGCCAGCCUCGAAUACGAUCGACAGGAAAACCAGGAGCUGUACAUGCAGGAGCGAUGGUUGACGAACAUGAUCUACGAGCUGGAAGAGAGGGCCAUCAGUCAAGGAGUAGAUGCGCAGAUGUUGCGGAAAAUGCGAGAUGCGUGUGGACUAGAUUAA